AAGAAGACUAAAAAGUUCAGUAGAGAGUCCAUUUUUUUUUAAUUACUCCUAAAAAAAAAAAAAAAAAAGCUUAAAAAUCGAUUUGGAAUCAGACAGAUCUUGCUCUCCUCUUCUGGAUCUUGUGAAAAUCCAUGAAGGAAUCAGAUCUAACCACCGAACCAAUCGGUCAGAAUCUAAUCAAGCUAAUCAGCAACGUUUGUUUCUCAGUCUUCGUCUUCACAGUUCUCAUAUUCACAGUAAUCGCCGUCACUUACCAACCACCAGAUCCAUGGCUCGAAUCCGCUCCAGCUCUCACCAAACUCCUCACUCAAACCGAGAACGCUACUUUCAAAAUCGACGGCUCCAUGCUCAAAACCGGUGAAGACAUCGCUUCGUCUCCUGUCUCACCUCCGGCUAACUCUACGCAGGUAACGGAGGCGACGAUUGAGAAAUCCGAGGAGAAGAUUGGGAACAUGACGGUGAUGAAGAGCUCUACGGAUUGUGAUGAUGAUUUGAAGAUUGUGAAUUGCUCUGAUCCUAGGGUUUUGGUCGCUGUUGAGAGGUUUAAUCUGAAAGUUUUCAAAUCGAUUGUGUUCUUAGAUUACGAAACUCCGGUUAACGGAUCGAAACCGGACGAAUGCGAUGUUUCUUGGAGGUUUAGGAAUAAGAAAGAGAAGUCUUGGAGGAGAUAUAGAGAUUUCAGGAGGUUUAAGUUUGGAUUUGGUGAGAAUUGUACUUAUAAAGUGUUUCACACUAGUGGUUGGCACUCUGGUGUUAAUGCUCGUAGGCCUAGGGUUAGACCGAGCUCGGCUCGAGGAGCUAGAGGUGGCGGUGGCGGUGGUGGUGAUCCCGAGAUUAAUGAUACGAUCGCUACUCUUGGUUCUCAGAGUAAUUUCAGGAGAGGGAAGUAUUUGUAUUACUCUCGGGGUGGGGAUUAUUGCAAAGGGAUGAAUCAGUAUAUGUGGAGUUUCUUGUGUGGGUUAGGGGAAGCAAUGUACUUGAACAGGACGUUUGUGAUGGAUUUGAGUUUGUGUUUGUCUGCGAGUUAUAGCUCUAAAGGGAAGGAUGAGGAAGGGAAAGAUUUUAGGUAUUACUUUGAUUUCGAGCAUCUUAAGGAGACGGCAUCUAUUGUUGAAGAAGGUGAGUUUUUAAGAGAUUGGAAGAAAUGGAAUCGGUCUCAUAAGCGUAAAGUUCCCGUUAGGAAGGUUAAGACGCAUAGAGUGUCGCCUUUGCAGCUUAGUAAAGAUAAGAGCACGAUUAUUUGGAGGCAGUUUGAUUCUCCUGAACCUGAAAACUAUUGGUAUAGAGUGUGUGAAGGGCAAGCAUCAAAGUAUGUGGAGAGGCCGUGGCACGCACUGUGGAAAUCGAAGAGAUUGAUGAACAUUGUCUCUGAGAUCAGUGGGAAAAUGGACUGGGACUUUGAUGCGGUUCAUGUGGUUAGAGGGGAGAAAGCGCAGAACAAGAAGCUGUGGCCACAUUUGGAUGCAGAUACAUGGCCUGAUGCAAUUUUAAACAAACUUAAAGGAAUAGUUCAGGUGUGGAGGAAUUUGUACAUCGCCACCAAUGAACCGUUCUACAACUACUUUGACAAGUUGAGGUCUCAGUACAAGGUUCACUUGCUUGAUGACUAUAGCUACUUGUGGGGAAACAAGAGUGAGUGGUACAAUGAGACAAGUCUCUUGAACAAUGGGAAACCGGUAGAGUUUGAUGGGUACAUGAGAGUAGCUGUUGAUACAGAGGUGUUUUAUAGAGGAAAGACGCGUGUUGAGACGUUCUAUAACCUUACCACGGAUUGCAAAGAUGGGAUCAAUACAUGCUAAAAUUGAUCCAGCCAGGUUGUUGUUAUUAUGUCUCUUUUAUUACUUACCCAUCCAUUUCAUUUUUAUAUUUGUUGUGUUUUUUUUGUAUCCAAUUCAAUUCAGUUUGUGUUGUUACCUUGUGUUCACUAGCAAUUAACAUUACUGGUGGGAAGAGAGUACAUUUUGUUAUACAAUUCCUUAAUUCUGUAAGAGGACAGCACCACUUACCGGUUCUUGCUAUU